AUGCCCUCUCUUCACCAGACCUGCAAAACUUGUGGCUUGCCUCGUGCAUCCCCUCCUCCAAUUCUCGACACCAUGUUUGAAGAGGAUUUCGAGCGAUGCUUUAUCUGCCAACAGGCUUGUAAAGGACUCUACUGUUCAUCGGAAUGUCGACUACGUGAUCAAGGAACACCUUCACCGGCGGUUCGAGCACUUCACGGUCCUGUCAAAAUCACUUCUCAAUUACCUGCUGCUUUAAGCCCCCUCAUCCGACCCACACAGCUUAUCGGUCGAUCGCCACGAACGCUGCCUCAAAAACGUGCGACAAGCUCCAUGUCCUCCGGCUCUUCAGUGUCCUCCUCCCCCUUACAAUCACCUCAAACAAAUCCCUCGGAAGUAGACUCACCCAAAAGAGAUACUUUUGACCUUCCUCCUCCCGCCUACCCAAGCAAACAAUUCAGCACUCUUCCCGCAUCAGUGCCGAUGAAGAUCCCAGCUCUUGCACCUCGUGCUUCUCCCCUUGUGGCUCCCACUCCAACACCGGGAUCUCAAGGCUCGACUGUCUAUCCUGUUGGUGCUUCUAUCGACACCCUUCGAUUCGGUAGAAAGCCUAGUGCAGUUAACAGCGUGCUUUCACCCAACGCUCUCAUACCUCGAUGUGCUUGUGGAAAACCCGUCAAUCACAAAGGUAGAGCUUCAAGCAAGGAAAGGGCAGAAUUCGAUUCUGGUUUCUCCAGACUUAGUCUGGGACCUUCAGAGAUAACCCCUCAACCACAAGAGCCUAGGUCCAGAUCAGCUCGGAUAGUUUCGGAAUCAGCUCUUCCUCCAUUCACGGGUAAAAUACAACCCAACGGGUUCGGUACUCCUACUCGAACACCACUUCCUCUUGGUAUCCCCCCUAGUCCUCAAGACAUCGCUUCGACCUCACUUCUUUCUCGAUCUCGAUCUGAUCCUAUCCCUCAUUCUCCCAAAACUCAACGAAGGGCCAUUCCACCUGCUCCUCCAGUGAUCACCAAUGUCAUCACACCAAGUCACCGAGAACAACACGGAAUGCCAUCUUCUCCCAUUGUUCCAGCGCAAUCAUCCACGACUCGACCUGGAAGACGUAUGAACGCAUUGGAUGUAGUAAUAGACUCACCACGACGAGGUAGAUCAAGGGACAGGCAGGACCAUCAUGUUGGACAAAUGACUUCUAAUCUUGGUGGACCUGCGGACAGGGAACAAGCUCCUUCUAGAUCACGUCAUAGAAGAGAUUCAAGAAAGAGAUCAGAUUCACGUGAAAGAGGUAGAGGGUCAAAGGAGAGAGAUCAAGACCGAUCAGGACAAAGAUCACCUAGAUCACCUAUAGGUGGUAACGUCGUGAAUCAAACCCAAACGAUACCUGCGAUUAUGCCAAGUUGGUCAAGAAGAGCAUCAGAAGCUACCGCCGAUAGAAGGAAAGCCAUGGGAGAUGUCAUAUCUCCGAUCAUCAUGAGACGUACAACGAGCGGUGAAAAGAAAUCAUCCGGUUACGAAAGAGAUCAAGAGGAGAGACAAAGGAAGAAGGCAGAACUUGAACGAGCAACCCAACAAUUAGGUCAAAUCUUCACUGUCGCGGGUGGACAAAAAAUACGUGUGGACAAGUAG